AUGUCUCUCAACCCGACUUCCGCCUCUCCCAGACACACAGCGAGGCUCGCCGCGGCCACGGGCGUGCCGCUCAACCGAAGGGUCCUCGCCUACCACGAAGCCCCGCCCACCGCGACGGACACCACCCUCGCCCAGCAACGCGAGUUUGCUCGCCCGCUCUACGCCCGGCCCGGGUCCCUGCCCUCGUCCAAGGGCGCCGUCACGAACAAGUCGCGAAAGAUCGCCACGCAGCCGGAGCGCGUGCUCGACGCGCCGGGCAUGGUAGACGACUUUUACCUCAACCUGCUCAGCUGGUCCUCGCUCAACACCGUCGCCGUCGCGCUCGGGGAAAACGUGUACAUGUGGAAGGCAGACACGGGCGCGGUCGUGCACAUCGGCGAGGCCAUCGAGGGCACUUACGUCUCUUCCGUCGAUUUCUCAAAGGACGGCACCUUCCUCGGCGUCGGGAACGGCACGGGCGAGGUCGAUCUCUGGGACAUCGAGGCGGGGCAGAAGCUGCGCACGAUGGGCGGGCACCAGAACCAGGUCGCGACCCUCAGCUGGAACGGCCACGUCCUCAGCUCCGGGUGCGGCGACGGCAGCAUCUGGCACCAUGACGUCCGGAUCGCGCGGCACAAGGUCAUGGAACUCGUGGGCCACGUGGGCGAGGUGUGCGGGCUCAAGUGGAGGGCGGACGGCGAGCUGCUCGCGAGCGGGGGAAACGACAACGUCGUGAAUAUUUGGGACGGCAGGUUGGGAGACGUCGUCGAGGGCUCGCGCGGCGUCGCCAAGUGGACGAAGAGGAACCACACGGCCGCGGUCAAGGCCAUCGCGUGGUGUCCCUGGCAGCCUUCUCUUCUCGCCAGUGGCGGCGGCACCAACGACGCCACCGUCAACAUCUGGAACAGCACCACCGGCGCGCGCUUGCACUCGCUCAAGACACCGUCCCAGGUGACGUCGGCGCAGUGGUCGCCGCACAAAAAAGAGUUUCUGACGACGCACGGGUACCCGACCAACUCGAUCAUGGUGCACGCGUACCCUUCGCUCGAACGCGUGGCGGAGAUUCGCGAUGCGCACGAUUCGCGCGUGCUGUUCAGCGCCAUCAGCCCUGCGGGCGACAUGGUCUGCACGGGCGCCGGCGACGAGAACCUCAAGUUCUGGCGCAUUUGGGAUGCACCGGUCAUCAAGAAGAAGAAGGACGGCAAGGAGGGGCGUGGAGGCCUCACUGGAUCAGGGAUCCUGUCGCUCAGGUGA